CACAUUCAUUUUAUCAAUUGCUCUAGCAUUUUAUUUCAGCUAAAAUCAUUUGUAACAAUCAAGUGUUUUCCAAUUUGUAUUUAAGUUAAAAUAAUUUGUCCCAUUGAAAAAAUUAUUAUAAUAUUAUCAUUUAUCAUAAUAAACUGUUUUGAGGUCAAAAUUAACCAGCCAUCAUAUUUCAAUAUCAAGAUCAAUGAAUUAGUAAUUAGAAUUAGAAAACUUUGAAGCACAAAAUUGGCAUUUUUAUUAUUGUAGAAAAACAAAGAAAUUUUCUGGUCCAUUCCGUUGUGCUCAUUUGCUACAGCUCUCUCUGCUUUCCCUUCACAAACACAAAGUCGGUGUCUCAAUCCUUCCUCAUAACUCGUAAGGCUCUCUGCUCGCCGCUCAACGGUCAAUCCAGAGCUUGCCUUCUCUCUCUCUCUCUCUCUCUCUCUCUCUCUCUCUCCAUUCCUCCAUUUGAAGACUCUCACACUCCCAGACAAAGCUCAGCUUUAAUGGCUUCCUUCUAAAUACACAUCUACAACACCAACAUCUCCUCUCUCUCUUUCUCUCUUAUUUCUUUAAUCCCUCUCCGAAACUUCGCUUUCGGAGCUUUCUCCUUGUACCGUUCCCCUCUUCAUCAGAUCUAGCAUUUUUUUGGAGUUAUCCAACAUCAACCGCCUCUGAUUUUGAUUUCCUCAACCAAGGAGAUGUCCCCGCUCCCACUCUCCCUCCUCCUCUUAUUCUGCGCCGCCGCGGCGUCGCUUUGGACCGGCACGGCCGGCGAAGUGCCGACCUGCUCCGGGAUAGUCCCGAUGAGGUACCGGAACGACAAGAUAUCGAUUGCCGACUUCGGCGGCGUAGGCGACGGUAAGACGCUCAACACCAAGGCGUUCAGGGAAGCGAUUUACCGGAUCCAGCAUUUGAAGAGGCGCGGCGGCACUCUGCUUUACAUACCGCCGGGGGAGUAUUUGACGGAGAGCUUCAACCUCACCAGCCGCAUGACCCUCUACUUGGCUCGAGGCGCCGUUAUCAAAGCCACUCAGGAAACUAGGAAUUGGCCUUUGGUUGCUCCUUUGCCAUCCUAUGGAAGAGGGAGAGAACUCCCUGGUGCAAGGUACAUGAGCUUCAUUCAUGCGGAUGGAGUGCACGACGUGAUCAUAACAGGCGAGAAUGGCACCAUUGACGGGCAAGGAGAUGUUUGGUGGAAUAUGUGGAGGCAGCGGACGCUUCAGUAUACCAGACCGAGCCUCGUUGAGUUCAUGAAUUCACGUGACAUAAUCAUUUCCAACGUCAUCUUCAAGAACUCCCCCUUUUGGAACAUUCACCCUGUUUAUAGCAGCAACGUUGUGGUUCGAUACGUUACCAUCCUGGCUCCCCAUGACUCUCCUAAUACCGAUGGAGUCGAUCCAGAUUCAAGCUCCAACGUGUGCAUAGAAGAUUCCUACAUCUCAACCGGCGACGACCUCGUCGCCGUGAAGAGCGGCUGGGACGAGUACGGAAUCGCAUUCGGCCGCCCCAGCACAGACAUCACCAUCCGCCGGAUCACGGGUUCAUCCCCGUUCGCUGGGAUCGCAGUCGGGAGCGAAACCUCCGGCGGAGUGAAGAACGUCCUGGCCGAGAACAUAAACCUGUACAACAUGGGGGUGGGGAUCCACAUAAAGACCAACAUGGGCAGGGGAGGCUUCAUCAGGAACAUCACCGUCUCCCACGUCUACAUGGAAGACGUCCGAACAGGGAUCAAAAUCUCCGGCGACGUCGGCGACCACCCGGACGGCAACUUCAACCCGAACGCUCUCCCCGCCGUCAAAGGGGUGAGGCUCAACGGUAUCUGGGGUCAGAGGGUUAUUCAGCCUGGUUUGAUUCGUGGUUUGAAGGAUGCUCCGUUCAAGGGAGUUUGCUUAUCGAAUAUCAACCUCCACAGCGCUCAGAGGACGAGAUCCAAUACCCCGCCAUGGAAAUGCUCUGAUGUCAGCGGAGGUUCCGUUCAGGUCAGCCCUUCCCCUUGCUUCGAGCUCGCUUCCACUAAUGGCGCCGGUGGUUGCUCCGAUCACUUCCAAAAUCUCUGAUCAAUUAGUUUCCGUUCCUUUGUUCACCAUCGAUCGAGCUCCGAUUUCGAUGAGUAUUUCAGAAAUCUGGAGUGUUGUUGUAAAGCAAACUGGCUAUAUAUCCUGCCCUUUUCAGUUCUUGGUUUGCUUCAAAUUUAUUAUUACAUUAUUCAUUGUCGUAAUAGAAUGAUAUAAGAUCAUUAAGAUCUAUUUGCAAAAUUCAUGUUCGACGAAAUCAGGAAAUCAAUACAGAAAUGUAUAACUAGAUCCAUCGUCAAAUGAUCACCUGACUUCAUAAACCUUCAUCAACAGGAUUCCUUAUCAAAUUUAGCACAAGAUAAAGCACCACACUUCAUAGGGGGCUAACAGCCUGCCUCCAAACUUUCCUUCUCAUUUUGCACAGCAACCUUCUUGCAGUUCACUCUAUAAACGAGAGCUAGAAAGUCGAAAUAAAGAACGGACUACAGAGGCACCUAGGUUUUUCUUCAACAAUGCACCAAAACCGCGAUAUGAAUCCUCUUUGUUCUUGGACAAGACUCGGGAGUUCUGCAUUAUGAUUAGCAUUUCCGAAUCCUACCCACCUUCAACAUCGAUUAAGGAAACACGACCAAGAUCUAAUUGAGAAAUCUAUGGUCAAUGAAAUAAGGAAAACAAC